AUGGCUGACGUUUCUUUAUUUCCAAACUCAAUUUCUAUACCAGUUGUUCGAAUGAUUGAUAUUGGUCCUUCUGUUCCUUUCGUGCAUAGUAAUCCAAUCGAUUAUUAUUCAAAUAAAGAUGUUGCCGUACUCGAAAUGUCUUUUGAACGAGAGGGUGUCGAUGAUCUUCCACCAUAUCCAGAUUCCGAUACAAGAUUUUGCUCUCAAUGUAGUUUACCACAACGUGAUUCAACAGCUAAAUUUUGUUCAUCAUGUGGACAAUCACUUAAUGAACACUAA